AGAUAAUGAGGAGACCAUGUGUCACUAAUGAACACAUACACCUUUGAACAACCUCAAUUCUAUUAAGGAAAUUAUCCAGUUUAUUUGAAUGCAUAAAGAGGCCGGUGAGCACUUCUUCUUCUUUGAUUGGUCGGAGUCAUCAUCCGAAGGCCUCUAUAUUUGAGUUGUCUGAUGUAAAUGCGCCCUGCCUUACAGUACUCUCCACUCCCAUGCACUGAACAAAAGCGGCACGGACAUACUAGGCUACAGCAGGACCAUGCGAAAGAAGGCGUUUAUGAGAGCGAAUACAGAUAGAUAGCCUACAAUAUUUUAAAAUGACUUAUUCAUAAAACGGUGUGAAUAGUUGUAUUAUCUACUAACUGAAUGUUGGAUCUGCCCUAUUUUGUGUAAACGUGCUUCCUGACUUUAGGGUAUAGGCUAUAGCGAUAGGCGACGUUGGCGCAGCAUCAUGGUGGCUGGCGAGUUGGUACAGGAGCAUCUGCGACGUGACAACGCACCUGACGAAAUAGACAUCUCAUGCAAGCGUUCGGUGCAUAACGGGGCAGUCCCAGUAGGGGAUCAGUACACCGAUCUAACGAAUGGAUCGGAACAUCUGACAGAACUGGACUCGAAGGCUUUGGAACAAGAGAUCCCUCCAGAUGAGAAGCAGGCUAUGCUUCCUGGAGAGGAAACAUGUAUCGAAACGAAACUCUAUUGGAGAAGAUUCUCCGUUUUAGCUGUGUUCAGCUUUUACUCCCUCGUCAACGCAUUUCAAUGGAUCCAGUACAGCAUCAUCACCAACAUUUUUACCCACUUCUACAAUGUAUCCAGCGACAAGAUCGACUGGCUGUCAAUUGUAUACAUGGUCGCGUAUGUGCCUUUGAUCUUCCCGGCAACAUGGUUACUGGAUAAAAAAGGACUGAAACUGACAGCCCUUAUGGGCGCGGGUUUGAACUGCGUCGGUGCGUGGGUGAAAUGCGCCAGCGUCCGGCCAGAUCUGUUCGGUGUGACAAUGACCGGACAGAUAAUAUGUUCUAUAGCCCAAGUCUUCAUCCUCGGGCUGCCCUCUAAGAUUGCAUCAGUGUGGUUUGGCCCGAAGGAGGUGUCUACUGCAUGUGCCACUGCCGUGCUGGGUAACCAGCUGGGCACUGCCAUUGGCUUCCUGCUUCCACCUGUCCUGGUCCCCAACACUGUGGAAGACAUAGAGCUGAUGGGACACAACAUCAGAGUUAUGUUUUAUUGGACAGCUGUAGUCUCCACUGCUCUCUUCAUCUUGACUGUAAUUGUCAUGAAAGACAGACCCUCACUACCUCCCAGCCAAGCUCAGGCGGUCCUACCUGACUGUGCUCCUGAAGACUACUCCUACAGACAGUCCAUAAUCAACCUGUUCAAGAACAAACCUUUCAUCCUACUGCUCAUCAGUUAUGGUAUCAUGACUGGUUCUUUCUACUCUGUGUCAACACUUCUCAAUCAGAUGAUUAUGGCUUGUUACAAGAACCAGGAACUGAAUGCAGGCAGGAUUGGUCUCACCCUUGUGGUGGCUGGAAUGGUGGGCUCCAUCAUCUGUGGACUGUGGCUGGAUCACACCAAAACCUACAAAAUGACCACUUUGAUGGUCUACAUCCUGUCCUUCAUUGGUAUGCUGGUGUUCACCUUCACUCUGGACCUCAACAAUAUCUACCUGGUGUUCUUCACUGCCGGCGUGCUGGGGUUCUUCAUGACUGGUUACCUGCCGCUUGGCUUUGAAUUUGGGGUUGAAAUUACGUAUCCUGAAUCGGAAGGGACAUCUUCUGGUCUUCUUAAUGCAUUUGCACAGAUCUUUGGGAUUAUUUUCACAUUGAUCCAGGGAAGACUAACAACAGACUACAACCCCCUGGCUGGGAACCUGUUCCUCUGUGUCUGGAUCUUCCUGGGCAUCUUUCUCACAGCCUUAAUAAAAUCAGAACUGAAAAGAAACAACGUCAAUAUGGGCAUGAACCACAGAAAUCUUCAAGCAGUCCCUACCGAGUGCCCUUCAGACAAGCCAACCAAUGGCGUCAAGAUGGAAACUUCAGUCAGCUUUUCCCAUGAGACCUCACUUUAAUCCAAAAAGGACAGGGGGGGGGGUCAGGUCACUCAACACUACUGAACAUUUCAGAGGCCUACAACGCAUUCAACAACAUUUCCUGAGGUUACUUGAAAUCUCCUUUUCUUUGGAUUGUAAACUGUAACGUGUUAUAAUGUUUGUACUGUAGUGGUUUUAGCCAAGCCAUGGUUUGUUUAUGCAUAGGUAAACUAUAAGCACCUAAAUACACCUUUUAACUUCCAAUAGUCCUCUCCUUCUUUUGCUUGACGAACCACUUCUGUCUCUACAAUUGUCAUCAUCGCUGGUUCAUAAAGUGCUGCUUAUUCAAACUUAUUUCUAGGCAUUAUACAAAACCAAAAGGGAAAUACCAUGUAGGAUCUCUGACCUGCCUUAGCCUGUGAGGAAGAACAUUGUUUGCCAUUAUGGUGAUGUUAUUAUUGUGACGCUGCAUCAUUUGCAUGACAAUGCAGUUUAACAGUGUCAGUUUUGUUCUCUACAACAUGUCAGCCAUUCAUACAAAUAUGGACCAAAUAUGACGCACUAAGAUGCACAAUGCAUAUGACAAAUGUUCAACAUGCACAAUCUACUUUUCAGUGUAUCACUUACAUGCAUGCUUUUGAAAGUGUUCAAAUGUUGACAACUUUGUUGAAUACAUGGCACACUUAACAGUUCUGCCGAGAUAGGUAGCUAAUGGUAUAGCAGCGCCACCCAGAGGGAUUUUGUGGAAAUACUAAGAAAGCUGUGUGGAUGAUGAAGCACAAACAGGAGUGAUAAUGACUGCAGCGUUACAAUUAAAAUAGCUCCAAACCUUCACAGUGGAUUAUAUAGCUCAAACUGUGGCUAUAAAGACUAUGCGCAGUAGGUGGUCUAGUGGUUAGAGUGUUGGGACGGUCACUCCCACCUUCAAAUCCCCGAAUUGACAAGGUAAAAAUAUGUUGUUCUGCUCCUGAACAAGGCAGUUAAUCCUCGGGUGCCGAAAAUGUGGAUUUUGAUCAAGGCAGCCCCCCGCACCUCUUUGAUUCAUAGGGGUUGGGUUAAAAGCGGAAGAUACAUUUCAGUUUAAUACGUUAUUUAGCUUCUUAUGACCGUAGGAAAAAAAACAUUUAUUUGGUUGACAGAUGUAUUCCUCUCUUUUCUAGCGUUUUAUGUAGUUCUGAAUAAUGAUGAAAUAACAUUCGAAUAUGGACAUUCAUAACAUUUCCUUGCUUUUUUUUCUCGAAAUUUGAUAGUUCACUUAUACCAAUGUAGUUAUUUGUUUCAAUUCUUUAUUCAUCUUUAUUUCAAUGUAUUGCAUUUACCAAGACCACUGAACUGAAUCAUUGUUCCCAACUGAAAAUUAGUACAUCCGGACCUUGAACUAUACUUACCUAUUGUUCAAUACAACAUAUGGCUUUGACACACCACUGUCUAAAGUCUCGACAGCCUGAUUUAUAAUUUCGCACAGUAAUCCACAGUACAGUCAAUGCCAACACUGUUACAAUACAGCUGCUAUAGAAUGUGUCUGCUAGACAAUCCCUUCAAGGUGCCCCAGAUUGUACUGUAAAAAUGUGGUUUUAGUUUUGCCUCUGUAGUUUGUCUUUGGGCUUUUCUCGGUGGUAAGGAGUCGCAUGUGUACUUGCUUAUCUGCAGAUAAUGUACUGUGGCAAUCAAAACAUAAAACACAGAGUGUAAACAAUACAAUAAAAUGGUUUUUAGCUCAGCUA